UUUACACUGUUUUGUCAAGUAAUAUAAUACGUGUCCAUUCACGUUUAGUUUCAUCAUAUGACUCAUCGUUCUCUGGAAAGGAGCGACUACUGGACUAACUAACUUUCGCUUUUGCUACGUCACUUCCCUUCUCUGGGCCCUUCUUUUUUUUUUUUUUUUGUACCACAGUGUCGGAUAUCGGCGGGAGAUUUGGAAAGAAAGCUCUCCGUUUCCGUUCUUUUGGUAUCAGGUACAGAAAUAUUCAAAUUCUCACAGCCAGCUCGCCAGUUGACAGAAUAGAUUGGAGAAUUAAUGGGAGUCGACGGCCAAAUGGACCCAUUAGACUUUCUAACGAACGAAGAUUUGAGGCUUUUUCUCCACCGUAAGAAGACGGAGAUUUCUUGCAUGGACCAACCGCACAUGUUUCUCACACAGCUGCGCGACCACGAUAUGCUGCCGGAGAAACUUUAUAAGAAGCUAAAAGGAAUGCGCUCUCGUGAGCAGCGGCAACAAGGUGUCUAUGAGGUUCUGGAUUGGUUGGAGAAAGAGAAAUCUCAUUGCAUGCAUCAGUUCUGGUGCUGUGUGUUUAAAGACCAUAUCCUUCAGCUGUACCCUACACUACGCCUGCUCAGAAGCAGCCUGCUGGACGGCACCUUCAGCUUCUGUGAGAAACCUGUAGUUGAAGAGGGAUUGAUGGAGAAGAAACAGACUGAAGGAAAUGGAGAGAAAGAAGAGAGAAAAAACACUAGAAAGCGAAAGGAAAAUGAUAAAACCAGUGAGGAUAGUGAUGGUCCAGGUCCAUCCUCUGCCUCCACACCCAUUCAGAAGAAACCAGCCAAGAAACCCUCCUUCUCACCUUCUGUUGAGAAAGGAGAUGCACAGGAGAUUUGGAAGUGGCCUUUUUAUAAAACUCAGCUGCCAGUAUCCUGUGGGAAUAAAGAGGGCACUCUUCAUAGGGACAGGCUGGCCAAAGGAGAGGAGUGUGUUUUUGCACAGGGACACUGGUUCACCCCAUCUGCUUUUGAGCAGUAUGGAGGCAAGGAAAGGAGCAAAAACUGGAAACUGAGCAUCCGCUGCAGAAACACACCACUCAAGAAACUCAUAGAGGAAGGCCAUCUACAGACUUCACCGAUAAAGCAAACAAAGAAGACAUGUGUCCAAAACAUCAUGAAAGUACUGUUUCCUGUCAGCUCCUCAGAGAGCUCCAGUGCAGAAUCCAGUAUGCUGACGGAGGAGGAAAGGGAUGCAGAUGAUUUUGAGGAACAGAGAAGGAGAGAGGGUGUAAUGGAGUUUAGAGGGAGAGGAAACAAACAGGAAGUUGAGGAGGAAGCAGAGAUAGACGAUCUAUCUGUUUUCCAGACCCCAUAUUUACCAGUCAACUGUGUUUCUAUUUCUGGGAUGCUAUACAAAUAUAGGUUUGCAUCAGGUUUGCGUGGGAAGUGUAUACGUACUGAUGAGAGCUGGUUCACUCCAGACGAGUUUGUAAGGCAGGAACCCUCUCUCACUGAUGGACUCUGGAAAAGAGACAUACUGUGCCAUGGCAAAUCUCUCAACUUCUUAUUGAAGAAAAAGAUUCUGAAAAUCCAUUUGCUUCUGUGUAAGUGCAAGAAAUGCAGUGAUCAAGAGCAGGACCUGUUGGCACAGAAAAAUGACGACAUAUGUUAUGUGUGUGACGCUGUGGGAGAACUUCUGUGCUGUGACGAGUGUCCACGAGCUUUUCAUUCAAAAUGUCACCUGCCAGCUGUACACGGAGACACACUUGGAGAAUGGAUGUGUACGUUCUGCGUGUUGCGGGCCAGUCAACAAUGGCUUUACCCGAGUCACAUGACUGAACAGGAUGUUUUAAAUGCCCCAGUGACCCAAAAGAGACUGCAAUGCCACUAUCUCCUGUUAUGUGUGUAUAGAGAGGAUGUCCAGCGAGUGUUUGUAAAGGAUCCUUGCAAAACAGUUGCCAGAUACUCUCAGUUCAUAUCUCAGCCCAUGUGGCUGGACAGAAUAAAGCAGAAGUUAGAGCGUGAUGAAUAUCAGACGAUUGGAGAGUUCGUCUCAGACUUUCAGCUCAUCUUCAGUAACUGCAGCAUAUUCAACAAGGACAAUGAGUUUGGCAGAAUGGGUGCCAAACUGAAGGAAUUGUUUGAAAAGGAGUUCCAGACCAUCUUCACUAUCUAAUAGCAUCUCGCUUUCCAUCUCUGACAGUGUCCUUAUGAUGUCUAACUAAGUCCUUCUGAAAUAUAGAGGAGAGCAGAAUACAUUUGAAUAUUCAUUGGAUCUCAUUAUGAUGUAUAUAAGAUCAUGUAACAAUUCAACAUUUAUGGCUUGUUUGCUGUGCAGUACUGUGUAUUGUUUUAAAAGAAAAUAUGCUUUCAUUGCAUCAAGGCAUUAUAAUUGCUGUUAAAAGAUUCAAUAUUGUUUUUGUUGCACAUAGGUGAUUUUUUUUUUAUUAUUAUUAUUUUUUUUGUACAUACUAAUAUGGAUGGCAUGGUGCUAAAGGCACAAUGCGUGAAGUUUCAAACAAUUUUCCUGCCUUUGCUGACAAGAAAUUGAUGUACAAAGUGACAAAAUCUCAGCCAAUCAGAUUAUAUUUGAUGUUUAAUAUAUAGCUAUGUAAGCAGUAUUUUAAAUCAGUAAGAUUUCACUGUAGGUGGGACAACACAGACAAAAACUCAGAUUAACAUGGAAAACAUGUUACUUAUUGCUUUACAUUACAUUGUGUCGCACCUGGUUAGGGAACAGUGUUACAGCUUCUUUGGGUUAGCUAUGUCAACUUUGGUGAAUUUUUUUGUAUUUAUUUUUUUAUCCUCUUUUUCUCCACAAUUUUGGAAUGGCCAAUUCCCACUACUUAUUAGGUCCCCGUGGUGGCGCGGUUACUCACCACCAUCCGGGUGGUGGAGGACAAGUCUCAGUUGCCUCCGCUUCUGAUAGUCAAUCCGUGCAUCUUAUCACGUGGCUUGCUGUGCAUGACACCAUGGAGACUCACAGCAUGUGGAGGCUCAUGCUGCUCUUCGUGAUCCACACACAACUUGCCACGUGCCCCAUUUAGAGCGAGAACCACUUAAUCACGACCACAAGGAGGUUACCCCAUGUGACUCUACCCUCCCUAGCAACCGGGCCAAUUUGGUUUCUUAGGAGACCAGGCUGGAGUCACACCCUGGAUUCAAACGUGCGACUCCAGGGGUGGUAGUCUGCGUCAAUACUCACAGAGCUACCCAGGCCCCUAACUUUGGUGAAUUUUAAACUUGGUGAUUUGAGUUACAGAGACGAUUGGUGGCCAUUAAAGGAAUAGUUCACCCACAAAUGAAAAUCCUCUCAUCAUUUAUUCACCCCUGUGCCAUCCAAGAUGAGUAUGACUUUCUUCUGCUGAACAGAAAUUAAGAUUUUAGGAGUUUUUAGCUCUGUUGGUCAAUACAAUGCAAGUGAAUAUGUACUUAAACUUUGAAGCUUAAAAAAAAAGCACAUACAAUUAAUUCAUAAGCCUCCGGUGGUUUAAUGAAUGUCUCUUGAAGCAAUAUGAUAAGUGUGGGUGAGAAACAGAUCAAUAUUUCUGUAUUUUUUUACUUCAAAUUUGCACUUUCGCUUUCACAGUUUUCUUUGUUUUUGGCAAUUCACGUUCUUUUACUAUAAAUUCUCCCCCUGCUCUGUGAGUGGCGAUAUGAUAUAAAAGAACUUCAAUGAUGGUAUCUGUUUCUUACCCACACUUAUCAUAUCACUUCUGAUUAUAUAGAUUUAACUACUGGAGUCAUCUAGAUUAUUUUUAUGCUGCCUUUAUAUGUAUUUUAGAGCUUCACAAUUUUAACCCUUUAAGUUUAACUUUAUGCAAAUGAGUAGCGACGCAAUACAGCUACUACUAAUUGAAAUGAAGUCAGUGGCAACCUUUAGCAAUUUAGUGGCUGUCAAUGUACCCUAAAGUGUGUAAUUUCUGCACCACUCCACUUAAGCAGAAUUGCAAAAAAAAAAACAAUUAUUUCCAAACAGGUUUCCAAAAAGCUCAGAAGAGCCAUACUGUUUACACCUAUGAACAGCUAACUUAUAGAUGUCUCUGCACAUUAAACUAGGAUCAGUAAAACUAUUUUAAAAGAAAAGAAUGACAGACUUCACCUUUAAGACCUGAAGUUCAACAAGCAGGCGUUUAGUGAUUAAAUGGGAAUAUUUACGUGCUUUUGUUUGGUGUUUUCAUUGUGAUUUGCAAGGUUAUAAUUCAAAAGAAAUUUUAUAAUGUAAUUUUUUUUUUAAUUCAAGUUAACAUUAUUAAUCAACUACCAUUUAUUGUGUUUUUUUAAACAAAUAAAUACAUUUAUUUUGUCAUGUAAGUUUUCUGUUAUGUGUACAUAUUUGAUAUGUAU